AUGCCACUUGUAUACACCAUUCGUUGUAUCCGCGACUCUACGCUAUGUACAUUUGCUCAGAAAUCUUAUGAAGUUGUUUUGAAAGGAUUGAUUCGUCUUGCAGCUAUGACUGUGUGCAUAUUCGUUAAUACUGGACGUUGUGAUUUUGCUGAUCGCGUUUUUGUCGAAGCUCAGUCAACUAAGCUAUCACCUGAUAGAAAUGGAUACGGCGAAAUUUGGGAAUCGAAUUUUAGCGUCAGCCUUCCUUCCUCACCGGAUCUUAAUCCACGUUUAUGUCGUGAAGUAGUGAAACAAGGUGUGCUAGUCCGCCUCCUCAGGACUGACAUUGCUACAGUAUCCGGAGAAUUUGUGGAUCUCCUGAAACUGUACAAUAUCGAAGAUUCACAGGUGGUGGUUGAUUUGAACGCGGAACUACUCAAAGUCUCAGCUCAUGUUGACGAAGUGUUUGAGGAGACAAUUAGUCCUCCAACGUUAGAAAACUUGGUGGAAUGGAUCGUUAGUGAAUGUAAGCUUUCUCACCUUUACAAAUUGCGAUCUGAACUUGAAGCACAACGAUUUGAUCGACGACAUAUUAUGGCUAUCAACAUUGAUAUAGGUAAAUCUUCGCGAGCUCGAGUUGGAGUAGAAAAUCGUAGGUUGUUGUUCUACUGCUGUUUGUCUAUGCUCCGAUUGGUUGCUGGCACUCGUGACCACGUCCUGACUGAAGUCGAUGCCGUCUUGGCAACUUUUCAAGAUGUCACAAAAAGAAGAUUUAGGAGAGCCAUGAAAAACAUGAUGCAGCGGACGCUAUUGGACAUGAGUAAUCUGACGACAGGACGAACAAUAGGAGUGAUAUGUGAAAGCUGUGUUCGAUUCGCACAGGCCAUGAAUUCCGGUGAUGAUGCGAGUGCUUUCAUACAUCAUCGUACUUUCGACGAGCACGCUCAGCUGCUUCGCGAGAGUGGGUUUUACUGA